AAUAGCAUGUCUUCCUAUGCAGAAUAAAUACAGUGAUGCUUCCCUCCUGAUACUGACUGUACCGUCAAGCUUGAUAAAGGACAACAUUGAAAGGCUGUCAUAAAACAAACGAGAUGAAUUCCUCAAGAAGAAGCGAAAGCGAUUGGCAGGGUUUGGUCAGCGAGUUCCUGGUGUGUAAGCGCAAGUUGGAGAGCAAGAAGGAGGCCCUCCUGAUUCUGUCCAAGGAGCUGGAUACUUGUCAACAGGAGAGAGACCAAUACCAGCUGAUGGCCAACCAGCUCCGAGAACGCCACCAGGGACUCAAGAAGAAGUACAGGGAACUCAUAGAUGGAGACUCCAGUCUACCACCUGAAAAACGAAAUCAAUUGAAUUUGGCCCAGCUGUUGAGAGACUCCAGACAAAGGAGUAAGCAGCUGUCUGAAGAGGUGAAGGAGCUGAGUCAACGACUGGCUGAGGCCCAGGGGGAUAACAAGCUCCUGCGGAUGACCAUAGCCAGACAGAGGUUGGGGGAUGAAGAGGUGGGGGCAAGGCACUUCCAGGCCUAUGAGCGGGAGGACCUGGUCCAGCAGUUGGAGAUGGCACGAGAGCAGAAUGAGGAGCUGGAGCACAGUGUGAAAUCUCUGACGGAUGAGCUGCAGGAUGUGAGGGCUGAGCGUAACGUGUUCCAGGAAAAGGCCCAGCGGCUGAACCACGAGGUGAACCACAUCUUGGGGGGACACGAGUGUCGGAUUCUAGACGUAGAUGCACUCUGCAUGGAGAACAGAUAUUUACACGAGCGGUUCAAACAACUGCAGGAGGAGGUCACCAUGCUCAAAAUGAAUGUCAUGAAGUACAAGAGUGCUCUGGAGAGCAGGAAGAACUCCAAGACUUAUGGCAAAGCUAACAGCAGUGCACUCACUGGGGUGCUCUCUGCCAAACAAGUGCAGGAAUUAUUGCUUUCUGAGGACAACGUAUGCAGUCUCCCUGUCACGUCUCAGUCCAUCUCAGACCUCAAGUCCCUGGCCACAGCCCUACUGGAAACUAUCCAUGAGAAGAACCUGGUCAUUCAGCACCAGCGCCAAACCAACAAGAUUCUGGGAAACCGAGUAGGGGAGCUUGAGAAGAAACUGAAGACUCUAGAGGUCUCGGGAUUAUGGAGCCUCCCAGGCCUGACUUACAAUGUGUCUCUGGGAUUCUCUGGAAGAGGGAGAGAUGACAUCAUCCUGAAUGAAACUCUGCAGCCUAGCUCCACUGUGACAAGCUCUGAGGAGAAGAAAGUACCAUCCAAUGAGCACGAAGUACCCCCUACUGAGCACGAAGUACCCCCCAAUGUGCAGGAUGUACCCCCCAAUGUGCAGGAUGUAACCCCCAAUGAGCAGGAUGUAACCCCCAAUGAGCAGGAAGUACCUCCCACUGACCACAAAGUACCCCCUACUGAGCAAGAAGUACCUUCCACUGUGCAGUCUACCACAGAGCAGAGGAUGACAAGGUAGCCAAUGACGUGCAGAUCCCCGUCCCCGUCCCAAGACGUGGGGGGGGGGGGUUACCCAGUGUGACGGGGGAUACAGAAAUAAGCACCAAGGAGUCAGAGCCACUAGUGUCACCAGUCAGCCUGGACACAUCCAAGCAAAACUUGUUAGGCAAAACUGCUGAGGAAGUGAAGGACAGACAAUAAACCUGGAUGAAUGUCAGACUGUCGACCAAUCACAAAGUGCAAAUGAGGUCACGGUGCUUCCAUGAUACCAAUUAGAUGAGACUGUAGGCGGGACUCCAUCCCCUUCCUCAAGGCCAGACUUGGACGUGUCCUCCUGUAAGACAUAUACAACAUAUCAGAGCCUCAAGGACACAAAACCCACCCAGAGAGAUGUGAGUUGGUCAGAUGACAACGUCUUUUGGGUGGGGUCUGAGGAGAUUGACAUGGCAGAGGGCUCUAUGACAGAAAACACUAAUCUUCCAUCCUCAACAUCAACCUGCAGCUCUCCUAUUCAAACAAGUCCCACCCACGGGGAGAAUAACCAAUCACACCACAAGUCAGAACAUUCAGACGAUGUGAGGGUCGAGUGCUUAACGAAUAAGGAGUAAGAAAUCCUUCCCUUGAACAGUAGCCACUCAAAUGCUGAAUGAUCAGACCGGGAUGGGAAAACAGUGAAAAAUUACAGCUACUUCAGCCAAAACCAUGCCUAGAUUGACACUGUAAUAGAAUGGGUUUCAAUAUUCCUGAGGGUGCAUUCUGUAAAAUGUCGUACUGCUUACUGGUGAUUCCAAGCUCCCAAGAUUUCUGAAAGAGAUAUUACUCUGCUACUGUUGCUGUAACGUGGAAUUGAACCCUGUGGCCCUUCUAUUCAGUUGUUGAAGCUGGCCUGGACUGACCAGUACAGAGAACCUACUAGCUUCUCAUAUGUUCUACUGCUUUUUAUUUUUAUUUUUAUGUACACUGCUCAAAAAAAUAGGGAACACUAAAAUAACACAUCCGAGAUCUGAAUGAAUGAAAUAUUCUUAUAAAAUAUUUUUCUUUACAUAGUUGAAU